CGUAUAAAUAACGCAUUUGAUUGUCCCGCUAGCACGGCGUUCGUAAAACAUUCUUGUUGUUGCCUAUGACGCCCUAUUGUUCAGUUGUCCCUAGGCACUAAACCAAUCGGCAUUUGCAAAUUCAAAUACGUGCGGUCGCCGACCGGUAGAAUCGAAAGCGUUCAAGUUUAAAAAGCAAUGUGCAGAAAUGGUGAUGUCGUAUAACGCAGCUUAAGUAAAAUCAUCGUAUAGUGUAAAUGGCAUUCUCGACAUGACGUGCCGACGGGCUCGCAAUGUGCGUGCAUAGCCUGCCUUCCUUCGAUCGAUAAUUCGCAUGGAUCUACGGAGAUUGCUCAGUUUGACAGGUGCUUCGUUUAUCACCAGCGAGAACAUUCAGAUUCUCGUGCUCGCAUUGCUAGAUCGAUUAUUAAAGAAAUAUAAGUCUGACAUUGAACAUGUCGACAGACUUGUGAGACGCUGCGAAUGCCUUUUCAGAUCGGUGAAAAUUAUCUUAAAAGUUCCUUGAUAAUGUCACAUCUUACGACAAACAAUAGUUUUGAUAAUAUGAGUUCUGGUAGAUUGCCAAUACAGAACAUCCCAAAGUUUCAGCCAGUUCGUGUUAAAGCACUUUUACAUUUAUAUGAAAAUAAUGAAGAUGAUGAUAAUGAUGAGAGUGAGGAAAAAACUCAAGAAUCUGAAGAUGAAUUAGAUUUUGACGAGCCAUAUCUUCUGCCACAAGAUGAUUCAGCUGAAGAUGUUCUAUGCGAGAAAACACUCGCAUCUAAAACAAAUAUUAAUUCCUCGUCAUUUGAGUCAACAGAUGGAGUCUCUAAUAUGAAAUGCUUAUCGUCAAAAGAGAAUUGUAUAGUAACUGAUACUCCUUCUAUACAAAGAGGAACAAGUUUUACAGCUAAUAGAGAUGAAUACAGUGUAAAUUCUGACAGACGAAUAAACAGUCUAAAUUCUGAAAGCCAUUUACCAAUUAGUGAUUCGAAUAAACUAGAGAUUCACAGCUCAAAACAUGAAGAGAAGACACAGGAAUAUCACAAUGGUACAUUUACUUCAAGGAGUCAAUCUGAUGUUGCUCAUAAUCGCUCGACAGAAGUGACCUUACCUCCAUCAUCUCUGUUAGUUUAUAAAGGAGAUUAUAACAAAUUUGAUACAAAUAAGAAUCUGCAACUAUUGAAUAGCAGUCAGUUGCAUCAUGAAAAUGCUUAUAUGUCAGAUAUAUCACAUAAAAGAAAAGAAGGAUCUAUAUAUAGCUCAUUAGCAGAGAAUAAGACAUUAUUAACAAGAAAUAGUGAGUCAAAUUUAAGCAAAGAUAAUCAACGAUAUAAAAGCAAACACAGCUUUAUCGAGCAGAUGAAUAAGGAUUGUGAAGGGGAAUCUCAUAAGAUUCCAAGCACUCUAUCAGAAUCUGCCACCUGCAUACAAACAUCCGAAAACAUGAUGCAUCCUGUAAGAUGUAAUUUGCAGAAAAGCAUCGCGAAAUACGAAACAAAUGAAAAAUAUACACCUGCGAAAAAUACAUACACGGAAUUUGAUACACCUUCGUUGAGUGAAAUAGGCAAGCCGUUAACCAUGAUUAAUUGUUUAAUAUCGGAAACUCCAAUGAAGCAUGCACCGAUUAGUAUGCACCCUAAUCCCUGCACAUCACAUAAACAACUAUUUCAAACCCCACAAAACAAACUGUCUGGUGGUUUGAACAAGAGUCAUGUUCAAACACCUUCUACGAUAUUAUCCAGUUGGCAUCAUAACAUGAGACAAACUCCAAUGGAAGGAAAAAAUCUUACAAAAGAUCAUAUGCAAAUGUCUAGAAACGCAAUUUGUACACCCAUUAUAGAAAAAGAUUCGAGACACUUUGGAAUAGAUGCCAAGAAUGUGAGACGACCUUUAUCAGAUGCUACAUUUUCACAUGGUGAAUCCUUGGACUCAAAACCGCUUCUGUUGCAUGCACAAGCAAAGAACGUCACAUCUGAAUCACAACAGGAGGAUAGAAGUAAGAAAAUGAUUGGAUUGUCGGAUGCGAAAUUAAUGCAAACAGAAAUAAAUUACAACAAUGAUUUGAAACCGGCGAAAUCUAUCGAGGAAACAAAGGAGAACAAACAGUACGAUAUAUCCGAUACAUUACUAGGAAGUGGUAAAAAAAUUAUGCAGAAUAAAAAUGAAAGCAAGCAGACGAUAAUCGGUUCCAAUACAAACAUAAAGUUAGUACAGGAUUCACAAAAGUAUAGCGGGGAGCAUAACGUUGCAUCGAAUGCAGACUGCAAGGAUCCACAUUAUUCAAUCCGUGAGAAACAACGCAAGGAACAGCUACAAAUCAUUAAUGAAAUGGCAAAUGUACAGUUCACGAUAUCGUCGAGCAUUCCCUCGCAACGGCAAGGCAAAACUUUGAUUGUAAAGGACAAAGAGUACUUGAUCCUAGGCUCUCUUGGCCGAGGAAUGAGUGGUGAGGUUCUGCGAGUGCAGGAUAUAUCCUCCGGCGAGUUACGCGCCAUUAAAUGCGUUAACUUGAGCAAAAUGGACAAGGAAUCGGCUCAGGGCUGUUUGGAUGAGAUUUGCAUGUUGCAUAAAUUACAAGCGCCAUGUGUUGUCAGAAUGUUCGAUUAUCAAAUUAAAGACUCUAUGGUCUAUGUAGUGAUGGAAAUGGGUGACACUGAUCUCAGUCGACUUCUGAAAACUAUGUCCCAAGAGAAACAAAUUCCUCUCACAAUGAUUUUGUAUUACUGGACUGAAAUGCUCACGGCGGUGAAACAUAUACACGAUAAUGGAGUUAUCCAUUCAGAUUUGAAACCAGGAAAUUUUUUAUUGGUACGAGGCCGUCUUAAAUUAAUUGAUUUCGGGAUUGCCUCUAGUGUAAAUUCGGACAUGACGUCCGUUGUAAAAAAUAAUCCAAUUGGAACGUUGAAUUAUAUUAGUCCUGAAGCCUUAAUGGACAUUGGUGGAAACGCGGAUUCGCCUACGCACAACGUUAAAUACAAAAUAAGUUUCAAAUCAGACGUAUGGUCGUUGGGAUGUAUCUUAUACAGUUUGGUAUAUGGAUAUACGCCUUUCCAACACAUACGUUCUCAGUGGGCAAAGGUAAACGCUAUAACUAAUCCAAAGCCAAACAUUUCGUUUCCGUCCACGAGCGACGAAAACCACCAGGGUUGCGAGCGCGCGCCACCCAUUCUGAUCGACGUAAUGCAGAAAUGUCUUCAGCAUGACCCGAAAGCGAGACCCACAGUAUCGCAACUGUUACAGGUGCAAUAUGUACCCAUUACGCCGAAUACUGCAGUAAUUUCGGCAUCACCUAAUAUUCCAGGAAAUGUCCUCAUAAAAAUAAGGAAUGCUCUGAGCGAAGACGAAUGGCGACUAUUGAUCCAGGUAUUGGACACAAAGUAGCAUCAUACAUGAUGACAUUGUAAUAAUAAUAACUUAUCGAUUAAUUGAUGUGUACAUAAAAGUGUUUGUAUAUACAUGUAAGAGACAAUAUGCAAUGAUGCGCAAAUAUACAGAAUCAUGAGAUAUGAAAAAAGGCUAAUGAUAAGAGUAAUAUACAUAUAUAUAUUUAGAAAAAGAGAAAUGUAAAAGAGCCUAAAUAGAUUACAAGUAAACUUGCAAUUGAUUUACUUGCUUACCUAUACGUUGCGAACGUGAAGUUUGUACAUCAACAGUAUAGCAUGAAAGUAAAUUAAAAAAUUAUUAAAUUAA